ACUUUUUGUCAAUUUUCUAUUUACUUUUUGCUGCUGCCUUAUCAAUAUAUUUUCCUCGGUGUUUCUGUUUUUGUACAUACCUCCAAAAACAUGGAAUUUGUACAUUCGCCGCCCCCCACUCGUUUUAAAGUGUGCUUGCUACGAUUUUGCUAUUUCGUGUUGUGUAAAGCUAUGAAUAUUGCAGUGAUUUAAGCUAACAUUCGUGACUUUCGUUAAACAAAUACGUGCUUUUAAAAGUAACUUUCAUCUGCUGGCGUUAAUAAUCGAAAUUGUUUUUGUUGCAUUUACUUGUAAAUUGACACUAAAUAUCGGUUGUGACAACAUUGCCUUCACAUUGAAACGGAUUUGCUGUUUGCGUACGUAGCGAGGACGUAUGCACGACAGCGGAAGUGUAGGAGGCUCUUUCAAGUGGGCAUACGUGUGUCCGUGCGUCUAAGCGUCUCGAGUGUUUGCUCGGUGGCCACACACACACACAUUGCAACCGACCCACCACCAUAAACCACCAAUACUAAACAAACGACCUACAAUACUGGCAUAGCAGUGCAUCAAAGAGGAAUAUCGGUCGUUGUGAACGUCCUGCAUAAUUAUUUGCAUUUAAAUCAAAUUGAAUUUUACUGAACGCACUGGAAAAUAAGCUAAAACAUGGAUUUGAAGUUCGUCAAUGUCAUUAUAUUGGGCUUCGGCUUUAUGUUCGUAUUCACGGCCUUCCAAACCAUGGGUAACAUUGAGAAAACUAUACUGGAUAGUAUUGCGAAGGAGGACAACAACUUCACCGGCGAUGGUUACACCAGUUUGGCGAUUAUUUAUACGACAUUUUCGCUAUGCAAUUGGCUAGCGCCGUCCUUCAUCUCAUUCACAGGACCACGUGUGGCCAUGCUGGUGGGAUCACUCACUUAUACGCUCUUCAUGAUCGUGUUUCUAUUUCCCUCCAAUUGGCUGCUCUACUUGUCGAGUGGCAUUUUGGGCGCCGGUGCAGCCAUCACUUGGACCGGGCAGGGUAACUUCUUGGCACGUUGCAGCGAUCUCUCGACGAUAUCACGCAACUCGGGCGUCUUUUGGGCGCUACUGCAGUGCAGCAUGUUUUUCGGCAACAUCUUCGUCUAUUUCCAAUUCCAAGAUAAGGAACAUAUUGAUGCGACCACACGAAGCACGGUUAUUGGUGUACUAACGGCUUUAGCAGUGUUGGGUAUAGUAUUUCUGGCAGCAUUGCGUCCUAUGGAAGACAACUCAGUGGGCACGUCUGAAAUGCAACGGCAGCAACAGCAAAAUCGUACUGGCUGGGGUAGCGCGGUGUAUGCGCUCAAGUCGGCCGGACAGCUCUUCAUCACCAGAGAUAUGCUGUUACUCAGCGUUGCAUUUCUCUAUACUGGACUUGAAUUGUCCUUCUUCAGCGGCGUUUAUGGACCAUCCAUUGGUUUCACGAAGAAGAUACACAACACACCGAAGGAAAUCGUUGGCUUGGCUGGCAUUUGUAUAGGCGCUGGUGAGGUGUUCGGCGGUGGCCUCUUUGGCAUUCUGGGCAAGAAAACCACACGUUUUGGACGCGAUCCCAUCGUUAUUGCCGGCUAUGUCAUACACAUGGUUGCAUUCUUUCUGAUAUUCCUCAACUUGCCCGACAAUGCGCCAUUCAAAGACACCGAAGACAUCUCGUAUUUGGAUCCGCCACGCGCUUGGAUUGCUCUCUUAUGCGCUUUUAUGUUGGGCUUGGGCGAUGCCUGCAUGAAUACGCAGAUCUACUCGAUGUUGGGCGGUGUUUAUGUGAAGAAUUCUGUGGGCGCCUUUGCGCUCUUCAAAUUCACGCAGUCCAUUGCUGCCGCCAUAAGCUUCUUCUACUCCUCACAUCUCGGUUUGCGCGCUCAAUUGGGUAUUUUGGUGAUCUUUGGCACAAUCGGCACAGCCUGCUUCUGUAUUGUCGAAUGGGCGGUGAAGCGACGACAACGUGAAUCGCCAGAAGACUCACGAACUGUUUCGCAAGACUCGCGUUCUGUUUCAUAUGAUAAAUAAAAUAAGUUCAUCAAAUCCUAAAGCUACUGAGUUAGCUCAAGUAAAUGUGGCAUAUGCGACCUGAUCUGACAACAACAAUUAUGAAGCUGAAGCAAAAGCAUACAUGUUAAAUAUAUUCGUAUACAUAUAUACACACCCGUAUAUUUACAUAUAAGUAAGUUGAAAUCGAUAUUUGGUUGAAUGUAAUUAAGUACUUCGAAAGUAAAACAAAAACAUUGUUGCGAUACAGUAGUGUGCGUGUCUACAGUGUGUGCAUAAAGUAUUUAUACAUACCACAUAUUGGAUGUAUGUAAAUGUGCGUUGAUUCAUGUCGGUAGUGUUUGGUCUUCCGGGACAAUAAUUAAUGUCAAGCUAAAAUACAAAAGCUAAGAAAUUGUUAUAUUGUAAUUCACUAGUGUAAAAUUUUCAACGCAUUUUUUAUGCGUUUAAUAAUGAUAUUGCAAUAUUUUCCAUUUGUUAUAAUGCCAAACUACAUACAUAUUGUUUGUUUUAGAUAUGCGUUUUUUUAUAUAUACAAUAUUUUAUAAAAUCAAAAAACAAAAAAAAAAAAACAAAAAACACACACACAAGUUGACUAUAUGUAUUAAAAGAAAUCCUGUUUGAAUUUAGCUAAAUGUAAGUGUAUGUUUGUAAUUGUUGUAUAUACAUAUUAUUAAAAAUACAUAUAUGUAAUAAAAAAAUGUUAGAUCGUAAUUAUUAAAUGAUGAAACGCAGUUUUCAACCGAUAUAAUCGUUUUACAAAAACAAGUAAUUGUUUGUUUGUUGUUUUGAUUGUUUAGUAGUGUUGUUAAUGCUUUUUAAAAAAGAAGAAAAAUUUAUUUGAGAUUUUUUUAAGAAAUGCGGCGUAGUUUCAUUGAAAUUUCUAAUUUAAUUUCUUUUUUAGUUUGCAAAAGUCCGCUGUUAUGCAAUUAAAUAUGAGUGUAAGUGCUUUCGAAACCCGCUCAGCUGUAAUAAAUAAAUACCGAAAAUCAAAUUAAUUUUAUGAUAAGAAUUUUUGUGUUAUAUUUAUCUAAAAUUGUAAAUCAUAACUGGAAUUUUAAAUUAUAUAUUGACAUGAAAAAAUUCCGAA